UCGGUGGCACAAGCGGCCGAUCCGAACUUCAAAUCGUGCUUCAGGAUAGAGGAAAGGUUUUUCGACGCAGAACCGGAUAUAUAUAUAUAUUUAUACAUAUAUCGUCGCAUCACGAACCCUGAUCACGAAUCAGCCCAUCGACCGCGGAGAAGCAUCCCGAUGCGAAGAAUGCAAUCGUGCCGGAACACGAUCUAUCUGUUGGUCGUCCUCGUCGUUCUGGGGACAGCGAUGGUUCACUGUGAACCGGAACCGACGCGAAGAGUCGACUUCAGGAACUGGGACGCCCUGCAGAAGUACCUGGACUAUUAUUCGAUAAACGGGAAACCCAGGUACGGCAAAAGGGGAGAGAUUCCAUCCGCCAUCUCGCCGAUGGGUCGGAACUGGGACACAAUGAAGUCGAUGCUGGACGUCUCUCAGGAGCAGCAACAUCAGCCGCCGAGAUUUGACCAAGGGAGGCUGGCCAGCCGUCAGUUUCUCCGCGAGCUCGAAAGCUCCAGCGACGGGAAGCACCCUUCGAGGCCGUACCACAUGCUGGACAUAGUCGAGAAUUACUACGACGUUGUGCAAUAAAACGUUUCGAUGUGUUCUCCUUUCCUUUCCGCGACCAUCUCUCUUCGCACUUUCCCCCGUGGUAAUUCAAGAAGAUAGUCAGUAACGAUAUCAGAGUGUUAUCUGCGCGUAAUAAAAUCAGUUGAUCUGAUACAGCCAAUUGCAAUCUUUGAUCACAAGGCGACUCGCGAGGCGACACAGUUGUUUCUUUGGAUAUUCAGAUUCGCGCCGGUAUGUCUAAAAAAUUCGGUUGAAUGACACUCAACGAUUUAAAAAAGCCCUGGCAUUGUAGCAUCUUUGACCUUGCCGCAUCGCAUCCACGCGAUUGCGAUCUGAGAACACGGUGCUAUAGUAGUCAAGUGUUUCGUGGUAUUUGUGGAGACAGACUUCUCGGGCGACCACGAGAGAGAUUGCUCUGCGGAACAGAAGUUAAUUGGAGGACAAAGUCGAACAGCGUUCAGGCUGCGAUAUGCUCGAAUCUCUCUUCGGAAUCGGCUGAGAGAGUUCGUCAGGUCGCGUGAGGAUGUCGAAGGUCGGCGUUACAAUUGGAAAUAAAAUAAUGCUCCAGGCGAUUUCGUGUUGUACAGUUUAUUGCUGCGCAAUCUGAAUAAUCGGUUCAAGACCCGUUUGCAUUGUCCGCAUACAUUGCAAGUCAUACAGAGAAAUGGGGCGGGGUUAUUGCGAAAACACUUGUACAAAAAUAGUCGAGAAAUAAAAGUAGCAACUGCUAUAUA